CAGGUAGUUUAAAAUGCAGACUUGUUGUGAACGGCUGCAACAAGACAAGAGCUGUGAUUAUCCUACGAAGAGGAUCUUUCUUUAAAGCAUUCCCCCGUUCUAAAGCAUGCUGAGCAGGAAGAGCUCCGGUGCAGGGAUGAUGAGCGCUGCGGCCGGAAUGGACCGCGGCAGAGUCCGGGAGCGGCUGCAGGCUGCGCUGGCCGGGCUGCAGGAGCUGCGCCUCCUCAGGGACCGGCACGGAGACAUGGUCAGCUGGGCUCUGCAGCUGGACCGAGAGGAGCCGGUCACUGCGCUGCACGCUGACCCGGUGGAGGAAGAGGAGCAACGGCUGGAGGCCACCCUGACUGCUCUAAAGCAACAACUGUCUCGUCUACGGAAGCAGGAUGUUGGCCUGAAGACUCACUUGCAGCAGCUGGACCAGCAGAUCAGUGAGUUGAAGUUGGACGUGAGCAAGGUCUCCACUGAUCAGCUGGAGAGUGACAGCAGGCCCAGCUCAGGUUUCUAUGAGCUCAGCGACGGCGGCUCUUGCUCCCGGUCCAACUCCUGCACUUCUGUUUACAGCGAGUGUUUGUCAUCCUCCCAGACCAGCCUCAUUCCCCUGAGCCCAACCAGCUGUCACAUUAGCCCCCCACCACAAGUUGAUGUUUGCCGCCGGCGCUCUGCUGAUGAGAGCCCUGGUCAGCCCAACCCUCUACGGGCAACAGGCCUCCAUCUUGGCAGCAGCCGGAUCCGAGCAAACGUUGCAGGAACAGAUCAGACACGACCGAGACCGGUGUCAACAGGAGAUCUUGAAAGAAUUAUGGCUCAAGGAUUGGGCUGCUUCAGACCUGCAGAUGCAAAGAAACUUCCAUUGUGCCCAAAACAGAAACCCUCCCCAGUGGACCCCAAAUUCCAGCGCAACCUAGAGUCCUGUGGAGGGGCUGAUGUUUACCAGUACCCCAGUCCCUUGCAUGCUGUGGCUCUCCAGAGCCCUAUUUAUUUCACUGGGGGUGAAGACGGAACAUCGGCACUGCUACAGGGUCAGGGAGCCUUAUUGAAUGGUUAUGACUCUCUCCAAAUGGGUUACAAGAACAAGACUCAGGGUUACAUUGACAAGCUCCUCCAGCGCAACUUGAGCAAAAGCCAAAUCAGUCCAGGUGCAGAAACAGUGGAGACACAGGACAGCUAUCACUGGAAGCUGGCAGAAAAUGUGAACAUGUCAUUUGAAAUGUCUCCAAAACUCGAGUCCAGUUGUAUUCCUCCUCAAGCCAAGACCAAAAAUGUUCCAGUGAGCCGUGACCACUGCAUGGUGUACUCCAGCCAAGAGCCUAAUGAACGGAAAAGCCACAAGUCACUGAGAGCACCAGAAAUUCACUGCAGGUACUCCUAUCAUGCUGCCAUGAAAGAGUACAGCUCUAAUGAGGGUGCAUACUCAACCCUAAAGAGGAACGACAGACCGCAAACAGAUAAUGCUGGUUUACCAAAGAAUCAUUCUGAUGAAAACUGUGGAGAUGAUCGAGAGAUGAGGAAGGGUCACUGUCAAAGACCGGUUGUUGCUCACACUUCAAGCACAGAGGAGAGUCCAAACCUUGAGGUACAGAGCAGUCACACAAGCUCACCUGAGUUUGUCCACGCCAAGUUUGUCCCCGCCUCCUCACAGAGGUUCAAGGUUAGACAAGCAGACCGUAAAACAAAGGCUUUGAAACUUAAACGAAAAAGUUCAGACAAGCCCCGAGUGCUGAGACAACAACAUAGCUUUUCGUCUGGUGAAAGAACCAAGGAAGUCAGUGUGGGAGCCAAAGGAGAAGAGAGGAGAUCGGGAAAAGGAAAAGUCAUUGAGAGAGGAGGCACCUGGCAAACACAGGAGCACAGACAGCGGUCGGGCUCUGACUCCAGUCUCUACAGUCCUGGACUCAAAAUCACCCACAAAGUCCACCCUAAACCGCAUCCAGUCCUUGCUUCUUCUAAGCUCAGCAAAAACCGUAAACCACAGUGUAUGGAGUAUGAGCAUCCAGUUGAGCAAAGAAAAAGGAGACAGGCAACCCCCAAAUGGCAAUAUGAUGUGGAUAUAUACCAAGCACCCUUUGUUCAACACCGGAGAUCAAAGGAGCAGCAUGCUCGGGCAUUAGAAAACACGCCGAUGGUCCGGAAUAUUAGUGCCAAGCCAGGCCACUGGAUCAGGCCUUCGCACCCUUUCCACUUCUCUAUGUCCUCCAACUCUUUCCUCCAAAGUCUUAAUAUCAGGUACCCUCCAGCACCCUUCCACAUGACCAGUCACUACCCACCCAGAUGUGAAUCUGAGUAUUCGGCUGAGUGUGCUUCGUUGUUCCACUCCACCAUCGCCGAAAGCAGUGAAGGCGAGAUGAGCGAUAACACCACUAACCGCUUUGGAGACAGUGAGUCCAGUCAGAGCUCCCAGUCCUUCUCAGAAUCCGACAGCAGCCUGUCUCUGGAUGAGGGGGACCAGGUGGAAAUACACGAGGAGGAGGAGGGAGGUCUGGUGUGGGCUGAAGCCACACUGGGGCCCACCGCAGCUGGACAGCCCAACCGACAGCUCCCACCGCGCCCUGAGCCUUCAGCCUGCCGCAUCAAAGCUUCCCGAGCCCUGAAGAAGAAGAUCCGGCGAUUCCAACCUGCCUCCCUGAAGGUCAUGACCCUAGUGUAGAUAAAAGCUACCCCGCGGCAAGAAUGAGAGCUCCUGGGAAAACCCCUCAGUGCAGUGGGAACAGCUUUAAAAAAUAGUUUAGACACAUCUAAUGAGGUCUCUUAGAACAACACCCUGAAUCUAAGCUGGACUGCAUUCAAUUGCUGAUUGCUUUGUUCAAACACAAAAAUUGAGAUUGUGCAAAGCAUGUAUAUCACUAUAAUCACGAUUAAACUUAAUGCUACAAGACUUAUUUUGUUCUAAUUAAACUGUUCAAACACGUUUCUUUCUUUAUAUCUUAUGUUUCUUUUGCCAAGUAACUAUUUUCUAUUCUGCUUUAAUUCUACUUACAUAUUGUAACAACUGAUGUUUGACUUAUAAGAAUAAACUGAUAUUUAAAUAAUA